UGAGAGACAGCGCAUCGAAGAUGAGAGACAUGGACGACGAAGAUAUGGACCUGCUGGAUCUAUUCUCCGGCGAGACAAGGCCAUCUUCGUCGAAUUGCCAUCCUAGAGAGAGCAAAAGGACAGAGCAACAAAAGCCACAGUCGCGCGGACCCUCAGCAUCACCGCCUCCGCCGACACCACCACCGCCCUCCACUGCCUCAGCCACCCGCGGGUUUUUUUCGGCGGUUCUCCCUCCUUCCGACGACGACAACAAGCCCCGGAAGCCACCGGCGCCGAAGCCGCCGCGGCGGCCACCGGCCGACUUCACGGAGGCCUUCUCCGGGCUGCGCGUCAGGAACAGGCUCCUCUCCGCCGAGGACAUGCGCGUCCGCAUGAGGGGCCGCAAGGUGCACCGCCUCGACUCCCUGCGGACGGUCCCGCCGAGGGCCCUCGAGAGCCAGGACCCGGCCGACGCGUGGGCGGCCGUCGGCGUCCUCGUGUCCAAAUCACCCCGGCGGCAGGCCGCCAACGGCGGGAGCUUUUCCGUCUGGACGCUGAGCGACCUGUCCCGCAGGGAGAACGAAGUGUCCCUCUUCCUCUUCCAGGAAGCGCUGGGCUCGCACUGGACCGUGUGCGAGGGGACGCUGAUCGCCGUGGUUGGCGCCAAGGUGUUGCCGGACAAGGGCGGCGACGGCGGGAACGCUCCUCAGAGGCUGGCGUUCUCGGUGGAUUCUCCCUGGCAGGUGAACAGGAUAGGCAUGUCGAUGGACUAUGGCCUCUGCAAGGGCAAGCGGAAGGACGGCAAGCCGUGCACCAUGCCCGUCAACAAGACGGAGGGAGGCGGGUUCUGCGAGUUCCACGUCGUGGCGGCCUUCAACAGGGCGCAGCGCAAGGCGCCCGUGGGGAACAAAACCAAGGGGAACACUCAACAACCGGCACUCAGCAUGUCCGCGAAGCUUGGCGCAUCAGUCCGUCAACAGCAACAACAACAACAACAACAACAACGCCCCUUUCAAAGCCGCGCGGGCUUGCCAUCGAGGUCGACUAUGCCGGGGCAACGGGCGCAGCAAGGACCCCCGCCGCGAGCCGCGCCCGCACCCACACUGUCAAGCAUCCUAGGGGCAGGGGCGAGAAGGAGAGAGGGAGUCGGAGCCACCCGAACCUUCGGGAGCAGCAGCAGCAGCAGCACUGGCGGCGGUGGCCCGUCGACCGUCCACGCUAAGGCCCUGCGCCCGUCGGCGAUGCGCGCGUCCGGCCGCACGACGACGCUCUCUUCACCGCCUCCCGGUCUCCCUGGCGGCGGCGGCGGCGGCAGUGCCAGCCGCGGCGGUACCACCCUGCCUCGUUCUUCUUCCUCCUCCUCCUUGUCGUCGUCGGCAGGCCUCUUGAGCAAGUCGGUGGCGGCGGCGGCAAGCGCUGGUCGCGAUGGCAAUGGCAACGGCGCCGGUUGGUCGGGUAACCGAGGUGCUGUCGGGGCGGCGACCGCAGGGGCGGCGACCGCCGGUGGAGGCAGCGAGGACCUCCUGAAGUUGCCGUGGGCAUACGGCGACGGCAAGAAACCCAACAACAGCAGCAGCCGCAUCAGUAGUAGCGCCUCCUCUGGGGGCGGCGGCGGCGGUGGCAGCGGCGCGCCCGGGCCGCUCUCCACCGGGAAGAAGAGGAAGGUUGAGGGGCGAGGCGACGAGGAAGGUGCGCUAGGAAAAGACGCGAGGCCGCCCAAGGAGGCGCACCCGGCGGGGUACAUGAGCGGUUCAGUUGCCGUGCCCGCGGAGUCCCCGGUGUUCCUGCAGAUGCCUCAGAGGUGUCCCGUGCGCCAGGACGGGACCAGAUCGGCCGAGGGCGAGAAGAUGCUCGCCGACGCACAGGUGUUGAUGAGGCAGCGCGCUCUCAAGCAAAAGGCAGACCAGCGAGGCCUGCUCCUUCGGCCCCAAGACCCAAACUCCGCGAGCAGCAUCGGCAAGAAGAGCAGCGGCAAGCCGUCGGGUCUCCGGGCCGGAAGCAACAAGCGCCAGUCGGCAAGACCUGGCGCGAACCCCCUUCUCGCAGCAGGCGGCAGGGGCGGCGACAGCGGGGACCCGCUCGCCAAGAAGGUCAAGACGAUGAGCGCCGUGGAGAAGGAGCUGCUGUUGAGACGGGUGUCCAAGUACGCCGGACUGGCGGAGGAGGAGCGUGCGAAGGACGCAGACCGAAGCGUGCAGCGGCUGGAGCAGCGAGAGGCCAUGGCGGACAAGGCGGAAGAAGUCACCAAGAUGGCCGUCACGGUCUUCGCCUGCACACAGGCGACCGCCGGGUGCAAGACCAGACGCAGCCGGUUCAACAAGCACUGCAAGGACCUCGGGCACGACCAGAAGGGCGUCAAGGCCACGCUCCGCUUCUUCGAGUGCACCAACUGCCGGAAGCGCUGCUCGAGCACCGAGCGCGUGCCGCGGACCGGGUGCGAGAGCUGCGGCAGGCACGACAUGUGGAAGCGGUGCGGCGCCCGGCCCGGCCGAGGGCCCGCCGAAGGCCCGCGGGACAAGCGGUUUGUGGCCGCCUUGUCGGAGUGGACGGACCAAAGGGACCUCAGCCUCGCGGCGCCGGAUUGUCGAUGACGCUUUCUACUACGUUCUUUGGCUUCUGUGUUCUUGGCCGUUUUGCUUUUUCUGUUCUAAAAGGCGUUCUGCUUUGCCAGAGAGGUGGUGAGAGACUGGAGAGGAGAUAGGGAGAGGGACAGAGAGAGGGGCGGGGCUAAUAGAGAAAGGUCGGGUACAUCCCGAAUUCAUGUGCACCUGACAACAACAAUUCAGUCUUUGUCGUUAUCGCCGGUUGUCCAGCAAGCGUUGUCAUAAGACUCGUUGAGAAAUCAGAGGCUCGUUCCUCUCACGUGUGGAUGCCAGGUACUGUAAUCUGAAACAGAAGGAUCCAUGCGGACGCAUCC